GCAUUGCUAAACUUCAUCGGACCGGCUGCGCGCGCGCACUUUCAGGAGCGGCCUAGUCGCGGACGCGUCGUCGCCGAAAUCGCGCAUAGUAACAAUACAACGGUAAAACGAGGCAUAAAUUGUAUUACCUCGGUAAUAUACUGUACGGACGUGAAUUUCAGAUUGUCUGGGAAGGAUCACCUUAGUUUGAAUUCUUUUUCUCUCCAACUGCAUGUACAGUACAGUAACUCGAAGAAAAUAAAACUUUAAAAAUGUGGAGUUCCCAUGGCGUCUGGAUGCUGCGGAGAAUAUGAAGGGGCUUUGUCCUGUGCCUGUUGUAAUUCUCGUUAAUGUUCUAACCGUAUGCGCAAUCCAAGUAAGGGAGGUGGAAAUCGACCGGAAAUCACGUAAUGAAAGGACACUUGAAAUGAGAAAUACUUCAAAAGGACACGACAAAAUUCUACACUUUCAUAAUUUGAAUACAGAUCUAGAUAUUGUGCAAGUGGAUUCAUAUUCGAAAUGGAGCCGAUGGAGUGUUUGCCAAAACGGUGAAAAGACCAGACGGCGGCAUUGUCUGCGGCGAAGUGUAUGCGGGAAAUCGCUGAGGGUAGAAAUCGCAAGUUGUGAAGAAGACAAGUCUCAGAAACGACGGAGUUCUUGCCGAAAAAAUAUGCACAUUCACGGGAUGAUACGCCAGAUGAAUUCCAAUGACAUCCAAAAAAGGUUUCGAGGGUUCUCGCCAUGGACUGAGUGGACCUCCUGUUCAAAGAAAUGUACCACCGUAAGACGAAGAUUCUGUCAAAGGCCAGCAAUAUGUGGGAAGAAGGUUCUAAGGCAGUCUGCAUACUGCUACCUGGAAGGCAGCUUCUGCCAGCAUUGGAUCCGAGGCCGGAUGCAGAGGAGAAAGGACCCAGAAUACAAUUUAGUAGAAACGAUGCCGCGGCCUGCGCUUGCGUUCCAUCGAGAAGACACACGGGUGUCUCGGGCAGCGCCAUCGUGCGGCAAGCUCGGGAGGUUCCGGGGCACUCCAGCCAUGAGGAUGCGAGCCAGGAUGCAACAGAUGGUCCGCAUCAUAGGGGGAAGACCCACCAUACCGGGCAAGUGGCCCUGGCAGGUCGCUGUGCUCAACAAGUAUAAGGAAGCAUUUUGCGGAGGCACAUUAAUAAAUCUGCGGUGGGUGGUAACAGCUGCUCAUUGCGUCAGGAAGAAGCUGUAUAUAAGGCUGGGGGAGUAUGACCUCAUGACUCGAGGUCGCGGCGAGCUCGAGAUGAGGGUCACCGAGGCAGUCAUACACCCCCAGUACGACCCCGACACGGUCGUCAACGACGUCGCCUUACUGAGACUACCGUCAGCUGCUCGGCCUGACCUAGGGCACGGGAUUGCCUGCCUCCCGGACUCUGCGCAGGCGCUACCCCCACACUCCACCUGCAUUAUACUCGGUUGGGGAAAAAGACGACCAACGGAUUUACACGGCACUAGAGUACUACACGAAGCUCAGGUGUCAACGAUUCAACAAGGCGUUUGUCGCCGCUCGUAUUGGCAGUACGCCAUCACGGACAAUAUGGUGUGCGCAGGUCGUGGCAGAAGAGACUCCUGUGCAGGCGAUUCGGGCGGACCGCUGCUGUGCCGGGACAGAGACAUGCGGUAUUACUUACAGGGGAUAACGAGCUUCGGCGACGGGUGCGGGAAGAGGGGGAAAUAUGGGAUAUACACCAGGACUGCGGGAUACGUGCCCUGGAUCAAGCGGGUCAUGAACGAUCGCUACUUUGAUUGACAUGUUAUUUACGACCCGCCAAAUAUUUCACAAGUUAGACACUGGAAAAAGUUUCUCCAAAUUGGAAAAAGUUUCUCCAAAUUAUCAAAAUUUGAGAAUGAUUAAGACGUCCUUUUGAAAAUCCAAAUGAUACUGCUGGAUAAGUUACAUAAAUAUCACGUUGUCAACAGUGAGAGUUUAUUCGGAAAAAUGUUCCUAUCAAAUGUCUGUGCUGCCGACACUUUAUUACAACUUCGAAAUUUAUGUUUGAGACAAAGUUAACCUAAGGGUAUGAAAAUGAAUUGUAAGAACUAACAAAAAGGCUUUAGAAAGUUCGAUAGAACUAAUAGCGACUUAUUUUUGAAGUGAAAACUUCUUUAGCGGCGUUGUGCACUUUUGUGUUGAGUAAAAAAUGUUAAACUCGCGAAAAUUCGUUAGACGUCAAAAAUGCACAACGUUAAUAUACAAGUUUUCACUUCUGCCGGCACUCCCGGAGUGAAAUCUAUUUCUUUUUUACUUAUUGACGACAUUUUACUAAGCAUUAAUCUUUGAAGUUCAUUCUGAGAUUUGAAUACAGAGUUCUUAUUAGUAAAAUGAUAAAUGAGUUUUAGUACUAUAGGAAUAUUUUCAUUAUAUCUUCCUAUAUAAGAACAUCUAUGAACAUGAAACCAAAAGCAUUACCAAAAAUUCUAAGUUUGCUCCAUCAAUCAUUCUCAAUAUCAUUGCUUUUGGCACGCAAAAGAGACGCACGCAUGUCGAAGAUUAGGAUGGUAGCUUACUUGUAAUGAAUAUGAUAGUUUUUUUCUUUGUUGGUGGUGUUAAGUAUUGUACUGUAUCUUACAGUAUAUCUAUGAGAAGUAGCCUAAAAUGUUCGCACAGGUGCUAUUAAAUUUCGUUUAACAAUAUAAUGUAAGAAAAUGAUGAUGACCUAACAACAUUUGCAAUUAUGUAUUAAUAAUUUUUAUGUGGUUUUUUAAUUAACUUGCUACAUUUAAGUAAAAGAUUUAUGAUAUUUAAGUAGUUUUACAUAAUUUCAUUUAUGAAAGGAUAUUUUAUAGAUUUAAUUUUAUAUAAAGUCUCUCUAAAUAAAAGUACACAAUUCUA